AUGGUCGUCAGAGAGCGGAUCACCAUCUCGGCCUACCUCGAGCUGUUCCGCGAGAGCGAGGAGAACCAAGCGUCUCUCCUCAACAGCAAGGAGAUCCGAACGACCAAGCCCAAGGAUGCAGAGUUGCUGUCGCUCAUAGCCAUGUUCGACAGGCAUAGGGUUCCAGAGCAAAUAGUGUACGGUGGCAGGAGCAGGCUGCAGUUCAAGGACGCAGUAGCGCCGUUGAUAAACUUCUCUCUAAUCCAGUCUCAGAGCACGAGGCAGCCAGAGCAGCAGGUCGGGAAUAAUCUAUUCGAGAUGCACGGGCUAGCAAGUAGGCAGGUAGCAGAAGGCAGCAUUGCGGAUCAUAGCAGCCGCUUUUCCGAGCAGGCAAUACAAGACAUAGACGGCUUGCUAAACGCUCCUUCCACACUUAAGAAAGGUGCUUGGAUAGUAGUAAGACACAGGAUGCCUCAGCGUGGCCAACAGUCCGUACACAGUAGCCUAAUUAGUGUGCUAAAUGGCCCCCUAUAA